GGCAGUUAACGGAGUGGAAUGACAUUUUUUAUGGAAGAGGAUAUUGCGCGAUAGUGGACUCUGCGUAUCGUUAAAAUGAUUACCUUUUACUCAUUAUCGUUUCUUAUUCUUCUUGUAUGUCAAGUGUUGGUUCUGUGCGAUAUUCGAUCGGUAAUAUCGGCAAAUUUUGACAACCGAAAAGUGGCACUGCAAAACUAUAUUACUCAAAACAAUCUUUCGUUACCAGAACAAUGUGCCAGACCAUGCGAUGGGUCGAAAAGGAGGUGCUACUACAACUUCUAUUUGGAACAGUAUGCCACACAAACCAGAGCUUGUCACUACUGCUUUCCGAAUGGUACAAAUAACUGCCAGUGCAUCAUCGCCGAUGGCGUUGAUAGGAGUGUUACUGUCGCAAAUCGUAGGCUUCCGGGGCCUAGUAUUGAAGUCUGUGAAGGCGAUGAGGUAGUUAUAGAUGUUGAAAACCACCUGGAAGGUUCUGACGUAACAAUUCAUUGGCACGGUUUAUAUCACCAUGGCACCCAAUAUUAUGACGGAGUCCCUUUCGUUACCCAAUGUCCCAUACUGCAAGGGAACACAUUUCGGUACACUUGGACCGCCACUCACCCCGGUACGCACUAUUGGCACUCUCAUACCGGAUUUCAAAAGAUGGAUGGUCUAACUGGGAGCAUUAUAAUACGCCAACCCUUGGCUGUAGACCCCCACAGCAAGUUGUACGAUUUUGAUCUUAGCGAACAUGUAAUGUUCGUGCAGGACUGGAUACACGAAUUGGCCGGUAAUCGAUAUCCUGGAUGCAUGAAACCUGACGAAACCCACCUAAAGUCCACAUGCCAUGCCGUGAGCCAAAUACCGGACAACAUACUUAUCAAUGGAAAAGGAGUGUAUGAGGGUUUCAAAGCUAAAAAUAACAUAGCGGCCUUGGAGGUAUUUAAAGUUUUCACUGGACGAAGAUAUAGAUUUAGAUUAAUCGGCGCUAUUUCAUUAGCUUGUCCAAUUCAGGUACGCGUAAAAAAUCACGCUUUAACCGUAAUUGCUAGCGACGGUGAACCCCUACAACCUGUGCAGGUCGAUCGAAUUAUUUUAACCUCUGGCGAAAGAUACGAUUUUAUCAUUCAUACAGAUAAUGAACCUGGACAUUACGAUAUCGAGGUUCAAGCAGUUGGCCUGUGCACCGAUCUAGGCAUUAGUCAGGUGGCUAAAUUGGAAUACAUUGACGAAUGCUUAACCAACUCAGUUACUAGCAAUUGGCUUCCUAUAGGAAAGGUAUAUCAUUCUUUGGAUUCAAACUGUGAUGAAACUCAAGAAAAUGCAAUUUGUGUAAGUGAAUUACAUAGUGCAAAACAGAUUGAUGAGGGGAUUUUGAAAGUGGAACCGGAUGUCAAACUGUUUUUACCUUUCAGCCUUUACACCUACGAAGAUGAAGAAUUAUUUAAUCGGAAUGAAUUUAACAAUUUCUUUGUACCGUUAGGUGGCGAUCACAUGGCCGGAUUAAUGAAUAACAUUUCUUAUGUGCCACCACCAUCCCCAUUACUAUCGCAAUUCGCCGAACUAAAUCCUAAUCAGUUCUGUACUAACUUAAAGAUGGACUGCCAAGGCAUGUGUAGAUGCACACAUUUGCUGAAACUUCCCUUAAACGGAGUAAUUGAGCUAAUUCUGAUAGACCAACUGAAACAACCCCACCUUGUCCAUCCAUUUCAUCUACACGGACACACCUUUUACAUUCUUGGAAGUGGUAGGAUAUCCAACGUAAACGAAAGCAUCAGUUUAGAAAAGGUCAUGCUUAUGGACGAUAACAAUCAACUUUACAGUGGAAACGACCACCCACCUUCUAAAGAUACCGUCUCGGUACCCAAUAAUGGAUACGUUGUCAUCAGGUUUAGAGCAAAUAGCCCCGGUUUUUGGUUAUUUCACUGUCAUUUUUUAAAUCAUCUGCUAACUGGUAUGUCGAUAGUACUUCAAAUUGGCGAUCCCUCCGAUUUUCCACCGGUUCCCAAAAAUUUUCCAAGGUGUGGAGACUUUAUACCGGAAAUUUAGAUCCGUUGAUCAAGUUGAUCGAACUACAGCAUUGUUAAUUGUUCUUAAUUUAUUGAAUGCAUGUGUAUUUAUGCAGUGGAUUAUGUUUAUGAUAGUUAUAAUAUUAUAAUAAUAUAAGAAGCAAUUGCUAUCCUCAGAAAUGUGUCAUUCUGAGACUGGAUAUAAAUUAAUCCGUUGUUGAUGUUGAUUAAUAUUGAUGUUCUUAAAAUAAAACUAGUAUAAAGGUUU